AUGGAUCCCAAUCUCUUCAGACCCUCCUGUGUCUUCAUGAACAUGUUGAUAAUCUCCAUCUUAAGCCACGUCCCCAUGUUUCUAUGUCAAGAUAAUGAGCAAUAUGCAGCUUGUGGUAACUUGUUUCACUGCGCAAACAUUUCGAGCAUUGGUUAUCCUUUCUCCGGACAGGACCGGCCGGCGUACUGCGGCCAUUCAGGUUUCCGGCUCAGUUGCAUCGGUAACACCCCUCUGAUCACAAUCCAGUCGGAAGAAUACCGAGUCCUUGAAAUCGAUAACGGGACACAGACUCUCAAAGUUGCUAGAGAGGAUUUGUUGAACAAUCUCUGUCCCACUAUUCUCUAUAACACCACCAUCGAUUUCAACCUUUUCAGCUAUGCUUCCAAUCUACAGAACUUGACCCUUAACUAUACCUGCACCGGAACUCAGGCUGAACACCAGUUUGAUUGCACUGGAAACGACGGUACCACCACUAUCAACUAUUUCAGCACAGCAGAUACAAACUUAAGCGUGGUGACAUGCGAUGACAGCGUACUUGUUCCUAUUAGUCAAACCUCGGCUCAGGUUUUAGCAAGCCCAAAGGCUUCAGUGAAUGAUCUAAGAGCAGUCAUUGGUCGUGGUUUUCAGUUGGAGUGGUCAGCAAAAGAUUUGUCUUGUGAGCAAUGCAUCCAAUCGGGUGGGCGAUGCGGGUCAGCCAAUUCGAGUUCCACAUCCUUUGCUUGCUAUUGCACAGAUCGACCUUAUGAACUUACCUGUAACAAAACUCAAAUCGGCACCGGUAACGGACCAAUCGCGACAGGACCAACUGCGAUGGGACCAAUCGCGACAGGACCAUCGCGAUUGGGACCAAUCGCGAUGGGACCAUCGACCAAUCGCGACAGGACCAACUGCGAUGGGACCAAUCGCGACAGGACCAUCGCGAUUGGGACCAACCGCGAUGGGACCAUCGCGAUCGGGACCAACCGCGAUGGGACCAACUAUAACGAGACCAACCAAGACGCGGUUAAGUACUUCGACGAUAAUUCUCAUAGGUACAGUCAAUUCUAA